AUGAACGACCUCCUCAACUACAUCCUCUCGCAGGAUCAAUUCAGAAAAAACCGCCUUCCAUCCCUAUACUCCGACUUCCCCAUCCACCGCAAGAUCAACCCAGAGGGGUAUAACACCAACAUCGCAGCAUGGCAACACGCCCUCGCCAACGCCGCGAAACACGGCUACAUCCACUCCACCCCUUCAUCCUCGUCCUCCUCCAGCGCGAAGCCAAAGGCCAAUCAUCUGAUCCUACGGGCGGAUGAGACUCUUCUCCGUGAUUUGGAGAUCCCCGAGUGCGGGCGACCUGUGGCGUUGGGGGCGGUUUUUGAUGAGGCUAUCCGGAACCGCACGAUGGUGCCGUUGCAGAUGUACAAGAAUAGUGGGGUGAGCUUGCAGAAGCCCGGUUGGGGGAUCGAUACUUCGGCGUUGAGUCCCUGGGUGGUCAUGAGCUGGGGGAUGAAGCAGUUGAAGGGGGUGGUUUUGGGGUCCGAGGAAGCGACGCCCCGACUGCAGGCGCAGGAGUUGGUGCUGGUGGAGAAUCUGAAGGAAGCUGCUGAGAGAGUGGUUAAGAAGGCUACGGGGCAGAAUCCAUCCAAGACGGACCUGGUUUACUCUAAGGAGAAGUUUGUGGAGGAGUUCGCUUCGAUCUUGGAUGAGGGGAGCCAGUUGUCCAAUGCGGAUUUGGAUGUGCUUUUGCUGUAUCUGUCCCGCGAUAGUGGGGCCAUCGCGUAUGAUGGAAAGACUAUCAGAUUUAGACCCACCAACGACUCUCCGAGGGAGAUCACGGAGCAAGAUACCGCCGUGGCCUCGAUCAAAUCGCUCAUGGCUACGAUGGCCAUCCAGGUCGAGAGUCUGGAGAAGAAGAUUGACGAGCUGAAUAUGACUGCGAAGACGGCGCUGCAGAACAAGAAUCGCGUCUCUGCGCUUUCGGCUGUACGCUCGAAGAAACUUGCCGAGCACAAUCUCAAGCAGAGAUUCGAUACCCUGAUGCAGCUCGAGGAGGUUUAUUCGAAAAUAGAACAGGCUACGGAUCAGGUCGAAUUCGUGAAGGUGAUGGAGUCGAGCGCUGGAGCGCUACGUGGCUUGCAUGCACAGAUCGGAGGUGCGGCUAGGGUUGAGGAUGUGGUGGAGGAGUUGCGUGAUGAGAUGACGAAGGUGGAUGAGGUGGGAAACAUCCUGAAUGAGGCCGGUCCGCAGAUCGACGAGAUGGAGAUCGAUGAGGAGCUUGAGGAGUUGGAGAACCAAGAGCGGGAGGCGAGAGAGGAGAAAGAGGCAGAAGAGACCCGCAACAAACUUGCCGAACUCGACAACCUCGAACAGCGUGCCAAAGAAGCCGCGCGCAGUGCAGCAGCAGAGAAGGAUCUUGAUUCUGAGCUAGAGGAGAGGUUGUCCCGCAUGUCGGUCGAAGAAAACCCAAGCGCCACAGCUCAGUGA